GCGACUUCUUUCCGGUUCCUUCAACACAAACAAACAAGAUGGCGACAGAUGCAGAAACGAGGGAGGAAACAGGCAAACUUGAGUUCUCCCUGGACGUCCCCUUCCCGUCGUCCCGUGAGGCCGCCAUCGCUCUUCAGUCUCUGUCUCCGGACCGAGAGCCGAGGAAAGGAGGCAUCAGCAAACACCUGACGGUGUCGGGCAGCACGUUGUCUGUGAGGUGGAGCGCCGACGAGGCUCGGAUCCUACGGGUGUCGGUGAACUCGUUCCUGGAUCAUCUGUCGCUGGUUGUGGAGACCAUGGACAUGUUCGGACCCGCUGUCCCCCUUUGAGACGUCAGACCUGAGGCUCGUUCGUCCUCUGGAGCUUCUUGAGACUCGGUGGGAAGAAAACAAACCGUGAAAGAUGUUAGAGGAGUUUGCAGCUGAAACGUCGCUCACACUGUGGAUGGAUAUUUACAAAAGAAACUGAACCUCUCCAGCCGGACCACGGUGGACUACGAACGCCUCACACUCCUCCAGGUGGAGCUGGAAUAUUUUUCGGGACAAAGACGAUUUACCGAAAGUUCAGCUUCAUGUGUGUUAAAGUUGAGGGUUUUUAUAUCCAGACGUGAAGAAAAUGCAGGAAUUUAAACAGUUGAUGGACACAUGACGUCUUCACUUUCACCAUCAACAUGUGUCAAUGUCAUGGCCAGUUCAUUAGGUUCAUUAGUGAAUGAGUUUAAUGUAACAGCCUCAAUUAUUUCAUUGGAAAUUAAACUUAGGAGGAAAAGAUUUAAUUGAAUAAGAAAAGUUUUUUUUCUUUAUAUAAAAAGUUGAAGAAAAGUUUGUCUUUUAAUGUCUGUCAGGUUUUAUGUUUGAUUUACUUUAUUAAAUGUGUAUUUUCUGUUUCUGA